AUGUUCCACGAGAAGGAGCACGAGUUGUAUGGGACUGUGACGUCGUACAAGUUCCAGUUCUGCCUCUUCUUCCUCGCUGGCAUCCUCGGCGACAUGAACAAUCUCAACCGUUCAUUCCAGAAGCGUCAGGUCGAUGUCACAGAGGUGGCAAAGACCGUCGAGUCGAUCACCGGCGACCUCGAGCACAGGUACCUCGAUACCAACGCCUCGUUCGGUGGAAGCGGCAACGGGUGGCUGCCGAAGUUUCUGAUGCUGUAUGGGAAGCGGUCGGGGCAGACGGUCAAAGUGCGUGGCACGGAUGCAGAGGGCCACCCUAUUAACCACUCAUACAUCCAGCACGAGAGGAAGAUGAAGGGCCACAUCUUCAAGAGCUGCUACAAGGAUUGCAUGAGGCUCGAGGCGGCUCUCGAGGAGGAGUUCGUGGAGUCCGACGACGAGGGUGACGAGCGGGAGAUGGAUCAGGAGAUUGAGCAGUCGCCACCCCGAGAUUACUCAGAUGAAGAAGAAGACAACCCCUUCCUUUUCGAUGGCGAGGAGGGGGAAGAGACUUACCACAUAGAUAAGCCACUACACUAG